AUGCUUCAUUAUUAAUCUACUAUCUUGGAAAGAUAAGAUUUAAAUUCAUUAAUUUUGGCAAAUGACUAGAAAGUUAAAUUGAGAAAGUCAAGAUCCACAACUUUUGAAGAUUAAAAAUUGCCAGACAUGCUUAUAGAUACAUCUAAAGACAGAGAAUAAAAUGUAGCCAAAGAAUUAGAUUAAAAGACAUAACUAACUUCUAAAGAUUUAGAAGAAGUGAUUAAAUCUAUUAUAAAUAGAACAAAAUUCAAAUACGGGAUUUAAAAAAUGAUUGAUUACAUUUUCAGAUGCAUUUGCCUAAGAAGGAAGCAGUCAAUUAGAAUUGAUGAGUAAAAUAAAGUUCACUUUCUAUUUAAAAAGGGUAAAAAGAAGCUUAAGAAAGAAUUAGAUGUAAUUAAGCUUUUGAAAUCAUUGAGGAAAUUUAAACUUUUGUAACAAGCAUUACUUCCUCAAAAAGGUAGAGUGCUCUUGCAAUAUCAGAGAUUUAACUUGAUUGAAACAGACUCGUCAUCAUCAGACUCAGAUGAUGAUAAGAAGUAAAUUACCACAUUAAUGGAAAGCAAAAAUCUUUUUAUAAGACUCAUUAUGUAUGGAAAAAUUAAAAGUAUGAUGAAUCAAUUCCUCUAGAAUGUUUAACCUCUAGAAUAUAAUCUAAUCAAAGGUGUAUUUAAGAGGAGAUUAAAUGAUUUUUCUGAAAAAACGAAAGAAGUUGAGCAUAAAUUAAAGAAAGAUGCGCGUAGUCCAAGCAAAUUGCUAGUGUUAUAAUAAUAUAACUCCAAGAAAAUUUAGAAUUUUGGUUAAACAAUCGAAUAGAAAAUCAAUUAAAGUAUGAUAGAUUAAUCUACAUUAAAAAUGGCUGAAAGAAAAGAAGGAAUCCUUAAACAGAUUGAAUCAUUUAAAUUUACCAAGAAACCUAACAGUGAUUAUGAAAAAUCAGAUUCAGAUUCGAUGUCACAGCCAGAUUAUGAUGAAAAAAAUGAAUAUGGAGUAGAGGAUAUACAAUUAAAUAGAGAAUAAGACGAAGAAGAAAUCAAAAAUAAUGAUACAACCAUAGAAUCAGAUUUUUAACUUAAAGCUUAUCGAAUCAAUUGA